AAGGUGGCGCACACCCGAGACGUAGGUUUCCACGACUUCUGUUCUCUCUUAUUUUACAACCGAUGAAAUGCCCUCGUGCUUCGUAGUCAAGGGAUGUGUGGAUGCGAAGGACUUAUUUUCGCCCCGUGCUAAGUUCCCUUCUCUUCCCCUUUUAUCAGCAUCCUACGAAUCAACACAAAAUCCUCCUCCUUCAAGAACCCAGUUGUCAACUUUUGAUGCACUUUCUCCAGAACGUCCUUUCCUUUCACCACCUCCGCGAAGCAAGGAUCGGGCUCGGGCCCUUGCCCUCCCGGUCCAUGAUUCCUUGUGUUAUCCACCAGGUUGACAUAAAAGUCCUCGCCGCCCGGGCGCCCUGCCACGCCCAGUGUAAAAGGCAAGUGGUUGAAAUCCGGGGCAAAUUCCUG